UGUCAUUGUUUUUUUUGGGUGAGCACUCGAAUCUCUCUCGCCACCAUUACUCUGCAACUCAAUCCAACAGAGUAUAGUAAAUCGCUCUCGGCGAUCAACCCCUCCUUUCUUACAUACACCGACGGAUUAAAAAGCAAUGGAAUUUGGGUUUGAAGAGAAGGACUUCCUAGCGUGCUGCGGAAGCACCAAGUUCGCGAAGGAAAUGGCGUUGGCCUCCCCUUUCGCUUCACUGGAAGAAGCCGUGUCUGCCGCCAGAGACUUAUGGUUCAACAAGGUUGACGUCCACGCUUGGCUUCAAGCCUUCUCUGCUCAUCCCCAGAUCGGAGAUUCCACCUCUUCUUCCCACCACGCAACUCCCACCAGUGCCCGGUGGAGUAAGGGAGAGCAGUCAACUGCUUUAGCAACUGCUACUGGUUCUACCUUACAGGAACUGUCUGAAUGGAAUGCUCGGUAUAGGCAAAAGUUUGGUUUUGUAUUUCUUAUAUGUGCAUCUGGGAGAAGUUCUGGUGAAAUUCUUGCUGAAUUGAAGAAUCGGUACCCUAAUAGGCCCAUAGUCGAGCUUGAUAUUGCAGCUCAGGAACAAAUGAAAGUAACGGAACUACGUCUUGUGAAACUCUUUUCAAGCAAAGCUAAAGUAGCAUCGACAACUAACCAGUAUCCUGCAGUUGUCGCAAAGAAAGUAGAAGAAGAUCGUGCGAGUAUUAUUGGAGGCCAUUUAAGUGCCACUUCUGAAGCCACAGCUGGGAAAACAUCUCAAAUUUCAACCAGAACCCGUCCGCCCAUUACAACCCAUGUCUUGGAUGUUUCCCGAGGAUCUCCGGGUGCUGGCAUCGAGGUACGUCUGGAAAUGUGGAAGGGCGCUCAACCCCGUCCGUCAUUUGGUGGGACGGAAAUAGGUGGUUGGGUACUCCAAGGUUCUUCAACUACGGAUAAUGAUGGACGAAGUGGUCAAUUGAUGAGCAUAGUUGAUGCAGUGGAUGCAGGCAUAUACAGGAUAAGUUUCAACACUGGUAAGUACUGCCCAGCUGGGUUCUUUCCCUAUGUCUCUAUUGUGUUCGAAAUCAGAGAGUCACAGGAUAGGGAACAUUUUCAUGUUCCUCUGCUGUUUUCACCAUUCUCAUUCACUACUUACCGUGGAAGCUAGAACUCUAUGGUCGAUCAGUUGAGUAAUAAAUCAGUUGUAUUUCUGCUGCAAAUCAUCUAGAAUGAAUAAAGUAGUAAAUAUUUAAAGACUAAUGCUUCCCAUGUGAAACAAGUUCUAAAGAACGUGACAAUGAUAUAUAUAUAAAAAUGCCAUGUUUUGUUGCUGUAA